AUGGUUUUGACACUGCUUCCUCUGCCCUUGUCUUCUACCCUUCCUGGCGCCCUAGCUAAUGCUCAAAUUCCGGCCAACGCAACGCUGACAGCGGUUGGGGAUGUUCAAGUUGCUGUCAUCACUCCUACUGUCUCUGGACAGAUUGGGAUCAAUCCAGUGCAUAUAACAACACCCGCUUCGACGUCUAUUCUCAUUGGCGUCGACACCAAGUAUUUUACCCAAGAUGGAACAUCCGCCAAGAGGCUGGGCCAUAACGAAAGCCUCAUGCAGGAGCUGCGGCAAGGCAGCCAGCAGCUGGUCAGGGUAGGAGGCAUCAACACAGCCGAUCUGGCUGCUCAGGGCAACGUGGCCGUGGUUGGUGACGUGGAAGUGGCCCGGGAAUUCUUGGAGGUUAUGGUGGUCGAGGUGAACCCGGAAACGGUCAUCGUGGGAGGCCUCGUUUCGAUAUUGCUCGGAAUGUUCCUUCACGCGUCCAAAGCGGAUGUCCCCUACAAGUCUGAAGUGCCGGACCCCGAGCCGGUUCUCAAAUACAAGCUUCAGCAGCCAAACCAGGACAUGAACACUUGUCCAAAAGACUUUGAAGACUGA